CUCUCUCUCUCUCUCUCUUUCUCUCUCUCUCUCACUCACUCACUCUCUAUCACCGCCUUUCAGAUCUUUAAAAGCUGGUGCUUUGCUGUGUCUCUCUCGAUCUCCAUUUGUCUCCUCUGGCACUGCAGGGGACUCAACCGGCAAAGCACCAAGGAAAGCUACUGUAUAGAAACGGCAAGAAGACUGAGGAAAGGGGAGAGAAAGGGAAAGAGAGUAAGGGAGAAAUAUACAUCCAGAAAUAGCAUCAGCCACAUUUAAGUGACAGAGAGUGACAGAGUGGAGAACCUGUGACCUGGACAGAAAAUGCCUAUCCUUUCUAACUUAACAACCGUUGUUUUGUUGCUGAUUGCUCACUGCGGAUCAUGGACCGGGGCAAACCGCUUGGGCCCCUUCAAGAUCUGUCCCUCCUGCAGGGAUCCACUGGGGGCAGGUCGCCCCCCCAGGGACCAUAAUGUUGCUGGCAGCACGUCAGUGUUGGCCCAGGGAGAGCCCUGUGGUGUGUACACCUUGAGCUGUGCCAAGGGGCUCCGCUGUGUUCCCCCACCGAGGGAGCACAGCCCCCUUCAGGCUCUGUUGCAGGGAAGGGGCAUUUGCGCCAAGCACAGCAGGACUAGUCCCACUGAGACGCCCCACCCCACAGGUCCCCAUCCCUCACACGGUGGUGACAUUGAAAAAGCCCCCUGCCGCAAGCUGCUCAAUAGCGUCCUGAGGGGUCUCGAGCUGACGAUCUUCCAGUCGGACCGCGACAUCUACAUACCCAACUGUGACACUCGUGGCUUCUACAGGAAAAAGCAGUGCCGCUCCUCCAAGGGGAUGCAGCGCGGCAACUGCUGGUGCGUGGAUGAACUCGGCGCGGCCGUGCCCGCGCGCGCCGGCGAGGAUGGCACUUUACCAUGCGACGGAGAGUGAGGGAUGAGUCCGUCCUAUUGCUCUGAGC